AUGACGUUUAAUAUCCGUGCCAGUGUCACCCGUAACCGCACCGGUGCCUUCUCCAAAACCGAAGGAGCUUCGUGCGUAGCACGUGGUUUCCCUCGGACGCUGGGGCAAGCCAAGGCGCUGGACGAGAUCUGCGAGCUGGACCUGGUGAUCAGCUUGAACAUACCCUUCGAGACGCUGAAGGACCGCCUGAGCGCCCGCUGGGUCCACCCGGCCAGCGGGAGGGUGUACAACAUGGACUUCAACCCCCCCCACGUCCAGGGCGUCGAUGACCUGACGGGCGAGCCGCUGGUCCAGCGCGAGGACGACAAACCCGAGGCCGUUGCUGCCAGGCUCAGAAAAUACAAAGAUGCUGCAAAGCCAGUAAUAGAGUUGUACAAGAGCAGGGGCAUCCUUCACUCCUUCUCGGGGACAGAGACCAACAAGAUCUGGCCGUACGUGUACACCCUGCUUUCCAGCAAGAUCCCACCCGUUCUUUCGGACGAGGAGAACUAA